UGUCACAUUGGCACCAACGUUAACCGCUCACUCCGGGGGUGGGGUAGCUGUGGACCCAACCCAGGGGAUCUGAUCUCCAAGCUUUGGCUGCUGGAAGCGAUGUCGGCUCAGCCUGAAGCUGUGUUCGGGAGAAGCUUGAAGUCCAGGAACGCCUGCAGCCUGACCAACUCUGACCAAGUCUCCCAGGACGGGUGCUGCCCUCCCGCUUCGCCUACCCCCACUCCCCAGCCGGCCGCCGCCGCCCCCGCCCCCAGAGCCGGCAGGAACAUCUGCACCAGCUGCGGGCUGGAGAUCGUCGAUCGCUACCUGCUGAAGGUGAACGAGUUGUGUUGGCACGUCCGAUGUUUGGCCUGUAGUGUGUGCAGAACUUCCUUGGGCAGACAUACCAGUUGCUACAUCAAGGACCAAGAGAUAUUUUGCAAACUGGAUUAUUUCAGGCGUUACGGGACGCGGUGCGCUCGCUGCGGCCGACACAUUCAUGCCACAGACUGGGUCCGACGGGCCAAGGGUAACGUCUAUCACCUGGCGUGCUUUGCCUGCUUCUCCUGCAAGAGGCAGUUGUCCACGGGCGAGGAGUUUGCUCUGGUGGAGGAGAAGGUGGUUUGUCGGAUACACUAUGACUGUAUGCUGGACAACCUCAACAGUGGGUGUGGAGUUGGUGUGGAAGGAGUGAUUCCUACAGAACAAGAUAUGAAUCAACCCAAGCCAACAAAACGAGCACGAACCAGCUUCACAGCAGAUCAGCUCCAGAUAAUGCAAACACAGUUUUCACAAGACAACAAUCCUGAUGCACAGACACUUCAGAAACUGGCAGACAGGACUGGGUUAAGCCGACGUGUUAUACAAGUUUGGUUUCAGAACUGCCGAGCUCGUCACAAAAAGCACGUGAGUCCCAGUCACCUGCCGGUGACCCCCGUGACAGCAGUGCAUCAGGAGAGCAUCACGGCGCCUGUGCUGGAUGACAUGGCUUACACGGCGUAUGUCGCACCAGAUGGCCAGAUGAUGACCAGCUUGCACACCUACAUGGACUCUCACUCCCCAUCGCUGGGGCUCCAAGCUCUUGCCCCCUGUGUGAUGCCAGAGUUACCUACGGGUCACGCUUGACUCUCUCAACAAUUCGUUCCAUUGAAUUUUCAGCUUGGGAGGUGAACACAAUGGGCAUUUGCUGCAGUCUGGGCAACUUCCCACAGUGCUGUACGAGGAAACUUCCUGUCCCCCAGAUUUUCUAUUUAUUGUUGUUUAGUGGAGCACUUUGAUUACCUUGGUUACAAGUGUGCCAAAUGUUUACAAUGUUGACUGUCGUGUACAAAUGUUACACUAGUUUAUAUUGCUAAGUUAUUGUUAUAGAAUGUAUUCAGUAUUUGCAAACCCUGUUUUAUACUGUUGACUAUUGAAAGGAACUUGUGUAAGAAGUCCUGUUGUAUCCCUGUUUCAUCGUUUCUGUUGGCACUCUUUGGAUUCUGGAACUUAAAGAUAAUAAACAUUUGCUACUGUUUCUAGUUUUGUCUUGUUCGAUAGAAUUUGCAUUGUACAGAUUCUGCUUUCCCUGGUGUUGAAAUUGCUGCUCUUUACCUGGGGAGGAGGAGGAGAUGGUGGUAUGGGGAUUGAAUAAACAUGACCCUUGUUUGAAAUGAGAGAGAAUGUUUUCUUGUUCAGUGUCCUGAGAUUCUGCAGUAAAAUACAACUGGGUUUCUGUGAAUCAUUAAACUUAUUUCAGUUCCUCUUGCUCUGUAGUU